AUGGAAGAAACAGCUUCCGUAGGACGUGGCGUUGUUUGGAAACUGGACCGAUUGGAACCGAAAAGAUGCGUCGUCGACGAGGAUAAGAAAAAGGAACAUAAAUCGUGGGACAGACAUCACCGUCGAACAAAGUGUCAAAGAAAGGGUCAACAAUAUGUGGAAAUGCUAGUUUGUGGAUUUUCCAUUUUUAUUGUUUUCGAUUUGUUUGAUUCGUGCAGAAUGGAGACUAGUAGAAUGGGCCAAUGGUUAAGUGUACUGAUAUGUGUAUUAAUGUUACUAAAGGCAGAAGGGGUUCCUGUGGGAAUCACUUUUGUUGAAAAUGCAGUGGCAAAAGGAGCUGUUUGUUUGGAUGGGAGUCCACCGGCUUACCAUUUCCAUAAGGGAUCUGGAGCAGGGAUUAACAACUGGAUAGUUCACUUUGAGGGAGGAGGAUGGUGCAACAACGUUACUUCUUGCCUUUCCCGUAGGGACACUCGGUUAGGCUCAUCUAAGAAAAUGGAUACCCAACUUUCCUUUUCUGGAUUUUUUAGUAACGGUAAAAAGUUCAAUCCAGAUUUCUAUGAUUGGAACAGAAUCAAGGUUAGGUAUUGUGAUGGGUCAUCAUUUACUGGUGAUGUUGAAGCUGUUGAUCCAGCAACCAAUUUGCACUUCAGAGGAGCAAGGAUUUUUUCUGCUGUUGUUGAAGAUUUACUAGCAAAAGGAAUGAAAAAUGCUCAAAAUGCAAUUAUCUCUGGAUGUUCCGCUGGAGGAUUGGCUGCAAUCUUAAACUGUGACCGAUUCAAAACACUACUACCUGGAACAACUAAAGUGAAAUGCCUUGCAGAUGCUGGUUAUUUUAUCAAUGUAAAGGACGUCUCAGGGGCACAACGCAUUGAAGAGUUCUACAGUCAAGUUGUUCAAACACAUAGCUCAGCUAAGAAUUUGCCUGCAUCCUGCACUUCAAGACUCAGACCAGGGCUGUGCUUUUUCCCACAAAAUGUGGUAUCACAAAUCAGUACGCCAAUCUUCUUCGUAAAUGCAGCCUAUGAUUCAUGGCAGAUCAAAAACAUUUUGGCACCAGGCGCUGCUGAUCCCCAUGGCCAAUGGCGUGAAUGCAAGCUUGAUAUAAAAAACUGCUCACCUAAUCAACUCGGUGUAAUGCAAGCAUUCAGGACUGAUUUCCUAAGUGCAUUUGGUGCGGUUGGGAAAUCACCAUCUAAAGGGCAUUUUAUAGAUGGUUGUUAUGCUCACUGCCAAACUGGAACACAAGAGACAUGGUUGAGAAAUGACUCUCCUGUGCUAGGCAACACAACAAUUGCAAAGGCAGUGGGAGACUGGUUUUAUGAUCGAAGGCCUUUCAAUCAGAUAGAUUGUGCCUACCCUUGCAACCCCACCUGCCACAAUCGUGUUUUUGAUCAGGAUUAG